UUGGUCGAAAUCGUCAAAGGUCACCCAGAUCCAUGUAAAUCUUAUAUGGAAUGACCCAGUGGCGAGUACACCCUCAUGUUGAUAGAUGAGGGUAUCCCAACGCAGAGCCCGGCCUGGAAGAACUUCGCGCGGGUGGUUGACGAGGCCGGAGAGAAAAUUAAAUUUGUGAAGUGUCGCGGGCCCUGCGCCAAGGUUAAAAUGUUAACAAGUGGGAGGGGCAACCUGGCCGACCACAAGUGUGAAGCGCCAGGACCUCGGCCUGUGGUCCCACCGACAACCUCUCAAGUAAAGGAGUUCGAACGCAGUGUGGCUGGAUUAUGUUCAGCUAAAUUCAUUACGCCCACUCUUGUCGAACAUCUGGCGUUUGUGACAGUGAUCCAAGCAGCCAUCAAGAUUGGCGCGGAGUGCGGCUUGGUGAAGGCCGCCGAGAUCGUUCCGUGUGCCAACACAGUCACCACCGUGGUAAAGGCCCUCGCAGACAAGGGAAGGGCAUACCUUGUCGAGAAAUUGAGAGAAGAUGUGGAGGACGGUCUGGCGUCUGGUUCAGUGGAUGGAUGGGACGGUGGUGGCCUCCGAAAACGAAAGUUCUACUGCCAGACCCUCUCCACCAUCAACGAGGACUUUGAACUAAACGACCAUGUUCUUUUCACCACACACUGUGACGCGGAAAAAGUCACGUCGGCGGUAAUUCGUGAAGCCAUUGACUCCAACUUUGCCAGGCUUCAGUUGCCUGGUGAAAAGGUACACGAGGUAACCGACGACGGGGCGGACAUUGUGGCGGCCCUUGCAGAUAGGAGCCGCGACUACUGUAUGGACCACGCCCUCCAUCUCACUGUGAAGAAAUCAUUGACCCCAAUUCUCACCAAAAUUGAUCUCUAUGGUAGUGUGGGAGGCACUGUGGUGGAGGCCGUGACAAGAGGCGUCCAGGUACUUAAGUCUUCCCGUCAGAGACCUCUGACCGGGCUCAAGAAAAAGUUGCAGCCUCCCCCGCGCACACACCGUCUGUCCCAAAGGAUCUUCAAAUCAUGCCUCCCAAUGUUAAAGUCCGUGAAGGCUAACUUCAAUGCGGUGAAGAAGGCGUUGGAACUUUUGGGGCAUGGUGAUAUUCUUGCUUCAAUUUCUUGUAAAGAUUUGCAAGACUUGAUUUCGGUAGUUGAACCCAUUGAGAAACUGGGGACCAGGAAGGGAAAAGAGUUUCAUGCCUCGCACCUCAAGAAAGUGGUCACCCUUACCACUCACGCCCAGACUGACUCCCAACUGAAAUCCACAGUGAAAGCUCACAUCCACACUCUAUUGGUACCAAUUUUGAAAAUCCUGAAUCUUAUCAAGAAAUGUAAGGAUGUAGCCAAUUUCAUCAAGAAUUCCGGAGCAAAUGAGCGCCUGGUGGGCGGCACUUUGAAACAGGAGGUGGACACUAGGUGGAUGUCGGUGCUUACCAUGAUGCGCUCUUUCUUCAUCUGGCCCGAUGACGAAAAUACCCAAGACCCACCCUCACUUGCUAAAGUGAUCCAGGUUAAUGAGAUUCUUUCUUCAAAGGACAAAGCUAUCCUUGCUCUCACUGAAGAAGAAACGACAUUGAUGCUCCACAUCAUUGAACUUCUGCGCCCUAUUCAGAGUGCCAUUAAAGUGCUGGAGGCAUCGAAAGUACCCACUAUCCACCAUGUAAUUCCCCGGUUCACCACGCUAAGGAAGCAUCUGCAGCCAAAGCAGGAGGACUCCCAGGACAUUAUGGUGUUUAGGGCCACGUUGCUGAAAGAACUGGAGCGCAAAGUAGCGCCCAACAUUUCCUUGCGGCAUAAGAUGGGGCUUUUUUUCUGGCCGAAAUUUGCCUCCCUCCCAAAUAUGUCUGAGCACGAGAAAACAGAGGUUUUGGCAGAAGUUCGCCGUCUUUGUGAGGUACAGGCUGCAUGCAUAGCACGGCGAAAAGGCGUGACUGUCACCGCCACUGGCGCAGACCAGCCAAGUCCCUCAAAACGAAGGCGCCGUAUCCGUCGGAAGGACAGCGACGAUGAGUAUGAUAGUCUGGUGCCAGACGACCAGGAGCAACAGCAGAUCGCAGAUGAAGUGGGGCAGUACCUCCUAAUGCAGGAUGUCACUGUACGGUCUAGCAACGUGCUGCAAUGGUGGAAAGCCAAGGCGCCAAUCUUCCCUCAGCUAAGCCGGGUGGCAAGAAUGAUACUUGCGACGUCGGCAGCAAGUGCACCCGUGGAACGGGUGUUCAGCCACGCGGGAAAUCUCAUCAGCCCGAAGAAGACUUGCUUGGCUUCGGAAACCGUGGAUGAUUAUUUAUUCCUAAACGAUUUCAUCCGUAAAUUUGGACUUGACGUGCUGUUGCUGGACGAUGAGUAAUGAGAUGUGACGUAGCUUUAUUUCUGUUUCUUUCAACUAGUCAAAAAUAGACUUUAAGUUUUGUUAAGUUAUUGACAAUAAAUUUAAUUUUUGUUACGAGGACUCUGAUCUUUUCCCACCCUGAUUUGAAGAAAGCACGAUAC